UAUCCAGCCCAGUAUUGUAACGCAGGGCAUUUAAAGGGUCUACCAUUUGGUUUAGCAGGCAUUUCAAGGGAUAAAGGCAGAAUCGCCAUUUUAUCAAGAAAGAUGAAUAUGAUUCUGGAAUAAUAUACAGAUAUUCUGCGUUUCAAGAGGCCCGAGCAGGAAUCAUCUGGUCUGGAUCAGUACAAAAAUGGAGAAGGAGAGAAGAAAAAGAAGAGCUUCUUCUGAAAUGCGCCCCCCUGUGGGGUGUAACAGAAACAGCCCUGAGAGUGUCCUGAUGAAGAGAGCAGACUCCCCUGUACCCAGCUGUGCUUCCCUGAAGAGUGACAGGUCAAUGGACCCCCCAAAGAACUUCAGAGAGGAACCUUUUCCUACUGAUCAAAGUGUCCUGAUGGAGAGAGCAGACUCCCCUGUACCCAGCUGUGUUUCCAUGAAGAGUGACGCGUCAAUGGAGCCUCCAAUGUACUCAAGCUUACCUUCCGAUCCAGCUGGACAGCUCAUACUGCAAUAUUUGCACAGAAUCAAAAGUAACCUGAAGCAGAAAUGUGAGUGUGUAUUUGAAGGGAAAGCUAAGGAAGGACAGCCAACACUUCUCAGUGAGAUUUACACAGAACUCUACAUAACUGAAGGUGGGACUGGAGGAGUCAAUGAUGAACAUGAAGUGAGACAGAUUGAAACAGCAUCCAAGAAAAGGCAAAGAGAAGAUACUACAGUCAAGUGCAAUGAUAUAUUUAAACCCUUAUGUGGGCGUGAGACACCUAUCAGAACUGUACUCACUAAAGGGGUGGCAGGUAUCGGGAAAACAGUCUCUGUGCAGAAAUUUAUUCUCGACUGGGCAGAAGGAAAAGCAAACCAGGAUGUUCACUUCAUAUUUGCUCUUCCUUUCCGGAACCUGAAUAUGAUUAAGGGUGAAUACAGUCUGAUUGAACUGCUUCACCACUUUGUCCCAGAACUGAAAUCAUUUCAAUCCACUGAGCUGUUUAGGUACAAAGUCUUGUUCAUCUUUGAUGGUCUGGAUGAGUGUCGCCUUCCUUUAGAUUUUCAGAACAAUGAGAGCUGGUUUGAUGUAACAAAGCAAAUGUCACUGGAUGUGCUGUUGACUAACCUCAUUAAGGGGAAUCUGCUUCCAUCCGCUCUCCUCUGGAUAACCUCCCGGCCCGCAGCAGCCAAUCAGAUACCUCCUGACUGCAUCCACCGAGUGACCGAGAUACGAGGGUUCAGUGAUGCCCAGAAGGAGGAGUAUUUCAGGAGGAGAUUUAGUGAUCAGAGCCUGGCCAGCAGGAUUAUCACACAUGUGAAAUCAUCAAGGAGCCUCUUCAUCAUGUGCCACAUACCUGUGUUCUGCUGGAUUUCAGCCACUGUCCUUGAGAGGCUUUUUAGUGAGACUGACAGGGGAGAAAUUCCAAGGACUCUCACUGAAAUGUACACACACUUCCUGAUCUUUCAGGCGAGUUUAAAAAAUGACAAAUAUAUGGAAAACGAUGAAACCAAACUUAAGGAAUACAGCAAGGAAUUCCUUUUGAAACUUGGUAAACUGGCUUUUGACAACCUUGAGAAAGGCAAUCUCAUAUUUUAUGAGCAAGAUCUGACAGAGAAUGGCAUUGAUGUCACUGAAGCUUCAGUUUACUCUGGAGUGUGUACAGAAGUCUUUAAGGAGGAAUAUGGGCUGUAUGAGGAUAAGGUGUACUGCUUUGUGCAUCUGAGCAUCCAGGAGUAUCUCGCUGCUUUAUAUGUGUUUCUGUCAAACUCAUCAGCUGACCUGCUGGAGACUGCAGUGGAUCAGGCCUUAAAGAGCAAGAAUGGACACUUGGACCUCUACCUCCGCUUCCUACUGGGCCUCUCAACAGGCUCCAGUAAGGUCCUGUUACAAAAACUACUGGGAGAGACAGGAAUCAGCUCAGAUUCCAUUAAGGACAUGGACCAAUGCGUAUUUCCAUCCAGUGUCUGUCCCCCCGUGUCCUCAGGGCCGCUGGGGUCUGAAGCUUAUCCCCAAAGCUCCGUGCGCAUGACAGGGAAUAACUCAGGAUGGGGUGCCACCAAAUCACUGGCUCAGUACAUCAAGUGGAAAAUACAGGAGUAUUUAUCUCCAGAAAGGACCAUCAACCUGUUCCACUGUCUGAUUGAACUAGGUGACAAUUCACUAGUAGAGGAAGUACAAAGAUACCUGAAUUCAGGAAGGCUUUCAGAAGAAGACCUCUUACCUGAUCAAUACUCAGCUCUGGCCUUUGUGAUGCUGAUGUCAGAUGAGGAGCUGGAUGUGUUUGAUCUGAAAAAAUACAUUGGAUUAGGUGAAGAGCACUGGAGGCUGCUGCCUGUGGUCAAGAACUCCAGGACGGCUCUGCUGAACAGCUGUGAUCUCAUAGAUAAACACUGUGAAGUGUUGACUUCAGCUCUAAGAUCAAACUCUUCAACCCUGAGAGAGCUGGACCUGAGUGAUAAUAAUCUACAAGAUUCAGGAGUGAAGCAGCUCUCUGCUGGACUGAGGGAUUCACACUGUAAACUGGAGAUACUGAGAUGAGGUAGGAGGAGAGCAGGAGUAGGAGCAGAAGGCAGGGUAACGCGGAGCAGCCGGUGUCUGGGGGGUCACAGG